AUGUCUUUCUCUGGACGUCGUGUGAGCAUUCUGCGUCCCUCCAAUCGCCGCUUCUCUUUAGGCAAGGAGCUGUCCACAAACGAACUCCAGUCCGAAACCCAUCGCCAAUUCCGAACCGCUCAUGAAGGCCACCGACCCCAUGCCGGUCUUGACGCCUCCCGUGCCUCCACUGGUGUAGUAUGGUGCACCGAGCGUGCCACAGAACACGGCUAUGCAGAAGAUCCCUCCGCCUGGGCCAAUCUCGGUCAGGGCGCCCCCGAGGCCGAUGACGAGAUUGAGGGCAGUUUCCCCCGCCCUGAGAGCAUCCCGAUCACCUCCGCUGCGCGAGAGUACGGGCCGACCGCCGGUAUCAAGCCCCUUCGUGCCGCCGUUGCGCGCCUUUACAACGAACACUACCGCCAGGGCAAGGAGAGCCAGUAUACAUGGGAGAAUGUGUGCAUUGUCCCCGGUGGUCGCGCCGGGUUGAUCCGUAUUGCGGCCAUUCUAGGCAACUCAUACCUUUCGUUCCCUAUCCCUGAUUACUCCGCAUACUCCGAGAUGUUGAGUUUGUUCAAGAACAUUGCUCCUAUUCCGAUGCCGCUUGCCCAAGAGGACCAUUACCACGUCCACCCCGACAAGAUCGCCGAGGAGAUUGCUCGCGGAACCUCUGUUAUUCUCACCUCAAACCCCCGCAACCCGACUGGACACUUCCUGUCCGGCGAGGAAUUGGCGCAGAUACAGGACAUCUGCCGUGACCGCGCCACUCUCAUCCUAGAUGAGUUCUACGGCGGUUACAACUACACCACCGACUGCGACGGAACCACAAUCAGCGGUGCCGCCAACGUCGUCGACGUUAACAAGGACGACGUCCUCCUCAUCGACGGUCUCACGAAACGCUUCCGUCUGCCCGGAUGGCGUAUCGCCUGGGUUGUCGGACCCAAGGAAUUCAUCGACGCCCUGGGCUCCGCAGGCUCAUACCUCGACGGCGGCGCCAACGCCCCCUUCCAAGAAGCCGCAAUCCCCAUGCUCGAGCCUUCGCUCGUGCACACCGAAAUGAAGGCUCUGCAGAGCCACUUCCGCGAGAAGCGCGACUUUGUCCUCAAGCGCCUCCACGAGAUCGGCUUCCGCGUCCAGGAUGUGCCCCAGGCGACAUUUUACAUCUGGCUCGACCUGACCUCCCUCGACCCCCCUCUCCCCAAGGAAGCCAACAUCUCCGACGGUCUGAACUUCUUCAACGCGCUGCUCAGUGAAAAGGUCAUCGUCGUCCCCGGUAUCUUCUUCGACCUCAACCCGGCCAAGAGACGUGAUCUCUUUGACAGUCCCUGUCACCACUUUGUGCGUCUGAGUUAUGGGCCCAAGAUGGAUGUGCUGAAGAAGGGUCUCGAUGGUAUUGAGCGCGUAAUCCGCCGUGCGCGUGGCGAGCACUAUGAACCUGCGCUGGAGGACGAGGUUGCCAUUGAGGAUUAG